CUGAGCGCGUCAGUGUGGCAGAAACACGGUGACAGAACAGAGCGGAGCUGAAAAUCUGCCUCUACCAGGAUGAGAAGAUCAGCAGCAGUAACAUUUAUCCUUCUGCUUUCAUAUAUCUGCAGAACAUUAGGAGAGACAUGUGCAGAAAAUUGUGGGAGAAAAUUGGACACUUGCUCCUGCCACCCAACGUGUGAGUCUCUUGGGUCCUGCUGCUCUGACUACAAAGAGUCCUGCGUUAAUACCUCCCCGUACUCCGGGUCCAUCCUGGGUGGGACAGACUUUCGUGUCCUUGAUGCAACUUUCAACCAGAGCUCUUACAUUGUUUGUAGGUUUGAUGAUAGAAUUAACACUGUUGGGUACGUGGAUAAGGUUGGAGGAGGCCAUUGCAUUUCCCCACUGUUAUACGAAACAGGUUGGGUUUCUUUGCAGAUCUCCUCAGAUAACGGUACCACAUUCGACAAAGCCGGGUCCUGGCUUUCAGUUCACACGGGCAAGUUGGAUUCUCGAUUCAAAGCCGUUCUGGUGAACUCUACAAAGUGGCAGUACUACGGAACGCCAGGUGUUGGAGGAAAUCUACAGAUGACGUGGAACACCACUUUGGUCAACGCAGAAAAGGUCAACAUAGAGCUCUGGGGAUACAGAGAGACAGGAGAGCCCUACUCAGAGUACUGGCAGGGCGAGUGGCAGUACCUUUACUCCCUCGCCAAGGAUCACCCCAACAGUGGCUCUUUUAGCUUUUUGCCCAAAAUUGCGGAAGAUGGCUUUUCAAACUGGGAGCUCGGUGCCCUUCGUGUCAGCUCAGGCAGCUACCCUGACGGCAUGUGGAACGUCCAAGCAGCGUGGAGUGAGGACCACGCGCUGGCCUGGCAUCUAGAGGAGAGCUUCAGGCAGAACUCAACAGCAUGGGCUGUGGAUAAGUGUCUGGCCUGGGACCAGCUGGAAAACGAGCUGCCCAACUUCCUCACUGAGAUCAUCGACUGCCCGUGCACCCUGGCUCAAGCGAGAGCAGACACGGGGAGGUUUCAUACUGAUUAUGGCUGCGAUAUAGAGAAGGGCAGUGUGUGCACAUACCACCCUGGGAGUGUUCACUGUGUGAGGGCAAUACAAGCUAGUCCAAAAUAUGCAGCAGGACAACAGUGUUGCUACGACAGCACCGGCGCUCAGGUACUCACAGCAGACUCGAUCGGGGGUAGUACCCCAGACCGGGCUCACGACUGGGGGUCACCUCCUUUCAAGAAGCCCCCUCGGAUCCCAGGGCUGUCCCACUGGAUCUACGACGUUCUCAGCUUCUACUACUGCUGCCUCUGGUCGAACAACUGCCACUACUACUUCAAACACCGGCCCUCCAGUGACUGCAGGCGCUACCAGUCUCCCAGCUCAGCGGUGGUGUUUGGAGAUCCACACUUCAUUACCUUUGACGGCGUCAGCUACUCGUUCAAUGGCAAAGGGGAAUACACGCUGGUCCGAUCACAGGAGAAAGAGCUGACGGUCCAAGGCAGAACAGAACCUGUGAAGGAUUCAGGAGCCACGAUAAAGGCAACAAAGUUGACGGCUGUAGCCAUGAAAGAAGGCUCGUCCGACAUCAUAGAGGUGCGGCAGGAUGGUAGACAUGACGGCCUUGAAGUACUGCGCAAUCAGCAAAGCCUCUCCUUUGCAGAGCAGAACUGGAUGGAUUUAAAGGGCGUGUUCGUGUUUUCUCCCACCUCUACAAAUGUAACCGUGAUGUUUCCUUCUGGAGCCGGGGUGGAGGUGCGACGUCGGGGGGAAACUAUGACCACCACUGUCCUCCUGCCAGAGGAAUUCAAAGACUCCACUCUUGGACUGUUGGGAAAGAUGAACGGUGACGCCAAAGACGACCUAGCCCUGUCCGAUGGGACGCUAGUGCAGAACCACAGCAACCCAGAGGAGCUGUUCAACUUUGGGGCGAGCUGGUCGGUACAGAACACCUCCGCCUUGUUUACAUAUGAUUCUGAAUAUCUUCUGAACACCUAUUACUUCGUUCCAAGACACGAUCCGAGUUUCAUUCCAGUAUUUUCAGUCCCAGAGAAUCCGGAUGAUCCGCUGAACAUUCAGGCCGCUGAGAUAUGCACCGGAGAGGGAUCUCAGUUCUGUAGAUAUGACAUCCUCGUGGGUCGCAGCCCAUUGAUGGGAAAUAGCACCAGAGUUUCUUUCCAGAGUCACAUCUCUCUGGUGGAUGAUCUGAAGCCAGUGAUAUCCUGUGGAUGGCUCCCACCACCUGUUAAUGGAAAAAAGCAGGGGACCACCUACUUACAGGGAGCCACGGUGAAAUUUUCUUGUGACGAGGGCUACACGCUAAGUGGAUCGGCAGAGCGCACGUGCCAGAGCAAUGGCAGCUGGUCUGGAGAAGACACGAGCUGCGUGGUUCCCAAUAACAUUGCUGGAAUAGUAGCCGGUUCGGUCAUUGGAGCCUUGACACUGGCUAUAAUUAUAACAAUGAUUGUUCUCCACUCCAGAAAACAGAAAAGGAAAACGGCAGAUUCAGAAGAAGAUGGAAGAAGUAACACCUCUUAACUUCCAUCUUUAAUGCCGUCGUUUACCUGCUCUAAAAAUCUGCUGUUUGUAAAGAUAAAGACAUAUAUUCUCAGAUAAAAACAUUGAUUUAUUGCAAAAGGUACAAACAAGUUCUGUAUUGCUAUUGUUCUUGUUAGGAGACAAAUACAAGCAAGGUAAGCUUUGAUUGUGGGCCUGUAUGUUUUUCUGAAAAUUUACACAAAAAUUAGACAAAACAUUGAGCUAAUGCAUCAUAUGUUUUAAAAGAAUCACCACAAAUAAGGCAGUUUUUUUGUACUAUAUUUUUUUAUACCAUACACCUUUCUCUUAGUAUAUAUUUAGCCUAUUUUAAGAAGACAAAUUACUUUUAUGGAUCAGUAAAGCUAUUAAACCUACCUGUAUAUCAAUGUUUUUCCUUGCUAGUUAAUUCUUCUCACUGUGCUGUGAUACAUCUUUACAUGAAAUUUUAUUAGCAACUCAGAGCUAAUAAAUCUAGCAGCUGAACAAACGUA